UUUGUUGUGAUGAUGUGUUCGUAGAUCCUUUUAAGUUAGCUCAAUGAAAAACAGCCGGUUCUUACGCAAAAAUAUUAUUAUUUACACAAGUAAUGAGACAGAAUAUACCUGAAAAUGUCUUUUAUACAAGAUACGAUCAUCAUUCUUGCUUCCCAAUUAACUUUCUUUGUUGGAGCAUGGAUAUUUUUUAUGAAACAGUUAUUUAAAAACUAUGAAGUACGACACAUUAUGGUUCAGCUCAUAUUUUCCAUAACUCUUACACUCUCGUGCACAAUGUUUGAAUUAAUUAUAUUCGAAAUACUAGGAUUUCUGGAUUCUACUUCACGAUAUUUUUAUUGGUAUGUAAUGUUAUAUUUGAUGCUUUUUGUUGUAAUUGUACUAAAUCCAUUCUAUAUUGGGUAUUACUGCAUCAGUAAUGUACAUUAUGUUAAACCAGAUUAUGUAAAACGUCUAACAGUACUUGUUUGGAUAAUAUUUCUUAUAAUAUUUUGGAAAAUUGGAGAUCCAUUUCCAAUAAUGAAUCCCAAACAGGGCGUUCUUUCCAUGGAACAAUUGGUAUCCAGAAUUGGAGUGAUUGGAGUCACUGUUAUGGCAUUAUUAUCCGGAUUUGGAGCUGUUAAUUACCCUUAUACUUCUAUGGCAUAUUUUAUAAGAGAAGUUUCUGAAACUGAUGUUCUGAAUGUGGACAAGAGGUUGAUGCAGACUAUGGAUAUGAUUGUAAUAAGGAAGAAAAGGUUAGCAAUUGCUAAAAAACAGUCAAAGGAAAAAGUUAAUGACACUUCAAAAAGGAAAGGGCUUUGGUCCAUUUUAUCAUCUGUUGGAGUAAACAAAAGUGAAGAAAAUAUUGUUCAACUACGAUUGGAAAUAGAAGGAUUAGAGGCUUUAAGUAGAACCCUAUUUCUAGAAGUCCAUGAAAAUAGAAAUAUGUUAGAAAGAAUAGAGUGGUCAAAAACAUGGAAAGGAAUAUAUUUUAAUUUCCUUGGUUACAUUUUUUCUGGAUACUGUUUAUGGAAAAUAUUUAUAUGUACAAUAAAUAUUGUAUUUGAUAGAGUAGGUAAAAAAGAUCCAGUAACCAGAGGCAUAGAAAUAGCAGUACAUUGGAUGGGUUGGAAUUUUGAUAUAAAUUUUUGGUCACAGCAAGUGUCUUUUUAUCUGAUUGGUUGCAUUGUUGUUACUUCUAUUAGAGGAUUUAUUAUUACAUUAACAAAGUUCUUCAACCGGAUGUCGUCCAGUAAAAGUUCGAACGUAAUUGUGUUAGUUCUGGCUCAAAUAAUGGGAAUGUAUUUUGUAUCGUCUGUACUGCUUUUAAGGAUGAACAUGCCUGUUCAGUAUCGAACUAUCAUUACCCAAGUGUUAGGUGCCUUACAAUUUAAUUUUUACCAUCGCUGGUUUGACGUCAUCUUUCUAGUGAGCGCUCUUGGAAGUAUCAUUACCCUAUAUGUAGCCCAUAAAGAGCCUAUUAGAGAUAAUGUUUAAAUAUCCCAGUAUGCAAUAAUUUAAUAAAUAAUUAUAAACACAAUUUUAAUGGUUUAAAUUUACUAAUAUUCGUAUUUGCAAAGCAUUUUUAAAUAGUUAUCUACAUGAUUAUAAUAAUGUAUGUCAUUGCGUCAAAGUUUGGAGAAAUUUUUAGAGGUUACCAGCCAAGGGAUUUUGUUCAAUGGGGGUUGUAUAUUGCAAUUGCAUUUAUGACAUCUCUGUCAGGAUCUUUCACA